AUGGAGAUGGGCUUCAAAAGUCGAAACAAUGUGAGGCUGACGGAAGGAGCCGUGCCCAGUGUACAGUCUUUAUCUUUGUCUGCUGCUAGCGCGGCUGCUAGCGGGGGUCCUAGUGCUAACGCGGGUGUCCAGGUGAAGCCUACAUUGAUAAGUAUUGGCACUCAAACUGAAGAGGAUAUUCAUUCCACUACAACGGCCAUCAAUCAUGUGACCUCUACACCUGUGAAGAAUGAUGAGGAGGAUGAGCAGUCCUCCUUUGAUUUUGAUAGUCAUCAGUGGGACAGCUCUUGGAGCCUUGAGGAGGAGGAAAUGGACACUGAUACAUCGGAGGAAGAGGCACAGGACGAAGAACAGAGAAAUACAAACAACUAUACACGAUCCCCACCAUCAUUGGAACAAAUUCUGAACCAACUGAAGGCCAAAGAGGGAGGGCUUAUUCUUGCUGGCGACUGCAGAUCUGAUUCACCGGGGCAUUGUGCUAAAUUUGGAACAUACACCGUAAUUGAGGAGAGGAUAAACAAAGUUUUGGACCUUCAACUUGUUCAGAGCUCGGAAGUACCCAAUAGUAAUUGGUGUGAAUUGGAGGGACUAAAGCGGACCAUCAACCUUCUUUCUAAGGAGAAAAUUAGUGUCUCUACGCUUGUGACUGAUCGAAAUCGCCAGGUGGCCAAGUGGGUGCGUGAGAAGCUAUGUCCAGAAGGCACAAAACAUUUCUUCGAUAUUUGGCAUGUUAGUAAAGGUUUAAAGAAGGCUUUGGAUGCUGCCUCUAAAGAGCAACACUGUGAGGAUCUCGCCCUCUGGAAAGCUGCAGUUAUAACCAUCUUUACUGGACUGCUGCAUCCACACCUGAUGGCAAUCCUGAAGCUUCUUCUUGCUGCCCUUCACUUCAACCAUAACAGCAACAGAGAAGUUCUGCGAUCUGACUGUGAGGUCCGCCAUCAAGUACGGUACCCACGGUUUAUGAAGGGUACUGCAGUGGUCCGUCCAAUGAAGGAGACUCCGUCAUAUGAAUAUGCGUUUGAUCUUAUGGAGCAUCUGCAUCGAACCUACAGCAGCACUCCGGAGGAGUUGAGACAAAGCAGUGCUCUCCUGGCAUCCUCCGCGCCGCAGCCUCUUACAGCAUCAUUUCAGAAAGUUCCAAAGGAGGAGGCAGUCAGACAAUAUAAAGCGCUUCAUUCUAGAUUUUCUUCCCAGUGA